AUGCCUCGAUGUGCAGUUUUGGCUGCGAUAACGAUACGCGAUAUAAAGAAAACUCAAGGUAAUCAUGCAUCCCAAGAUAAAGACAUUUCUUCAAGCCAAGCCCUCCAAGUUGAAGAACAUCCUCUCAGCAAUGUCACACAGGUUGAAGAAUCUACUCCAAUCCAAACCCCUCAAGUUCAAGAACCUUCUUUAUCCACAAUUGAAGAAUGUUUAAGAGAAAUAGAUAGACUGAAAAGUGUCAUUCACGAAAAAGAUAAACAAAUUGAUGAAUUGAAGUCCAAGCACAAUUUUGGUGUUCAUUCAAUAAAAAACAGUGAUGAUAUGGUUAAAGUGUACACAGGCCUGUCAUCUUAUUCCCUUUUUAGCUGGCUAUUUGACGAAGUAAAAGAACCUGCCAAAAACAUGACAUACUAUAGAGGAGAAAAUUCAAAUACAGAUAAGCAAUAUCAAGUUAACAACAAGAAUAAGCCUGGGCCAAAGAGAAAGCUGCUGUUAGAGGAUGAACUACUUAUAUUGCUUAUCAAGCUCAGACAUAAUUUAAAUGUGGAUCUCAUUGCUGCAAUGUUUAAUGUAUCAACUUCUUUAAUAUCUGUAACAAUAACAACAUGGUUGUCACUCCUAGCAUUAGAAUUAAAGCCCCUGAUUUACUGGCCUCCUAGAGAAGAACUACUGAGGUGGUAUCCUGAUUGCUUUAAGAGGUAUGGUGACAAUGUAUGUGCAGUUAUUGAUGCUUCUGAAGUACAAACAGAAAGACCAUCAAUGACAAAUAUAAAUUCAAUUCUCUACUCAAAUUAUAAACAAAGACACACAUUCAAAGUUUUAGUGGCUUGCACUCCUGGAGGAAGCAUUUCAUUUAUAUCUGAAGCAGCUGGUGGUGAUAUGUCAGAUGUUGAAUUAGUCAGGAAAUCCUAG